AUGGACCUAACCCGGCCGCGGCGCCCAACUACGCGGGCCGAGUUCGAGAUUGCCGUCAUCUGCGCUCUCCCACUCGAAGCCGAUGCCGUCGACGCCCUCUUCGACCAACACUGGGACGAUGACGGGCCGCCCUACGACAAAGCCGCGAGCGAUCCCAACGCAUACUCCACCGGCGCCGUCGGCCGCCACAACGUCGUCCUCGCACACAUGCCAGGAAUGGGCAAGGUCAGCGCCGCGGCCGUCGCUGCCAACUGCCGCGCGAGUUUCCCCAACAUCAAGCUGGCCCUCAUCGUUGGCGUUUGCGGUGUCGUUCCCUUUCGUCCCGGCGGCAGCGGCGGGAUGACCGAGACCGUGCUAGGCGACGUCAUCAUCAGCGAUGGUGUCGUGCAGUACGACCUCGGACGGCGACUGCCCGAAAAGUUCAUAAUGAAGGACACGCUUCUGGACACGCCGGGCAGGCCGAACACCGAGAUCCGCGCGCUGCUCGCCAAGCUCAAGGGCCUCCGUAGCCGGAAGAUACUGCAGGGCAAGAUGGCCGGCUAUAUGGACGUGCUCCUGGGCGAGCCGGAGCUGGCGGCCGCGUACCCCGGUGCUGCGCAGGACCGACUAUUUGAGACGACGUAUCGACAUGUGAGCGACGGGAAGUCGUGCGAGGAGUGCGGUUGUGACGGCAAGUUGGUACCGCGUACCCGCCUCGAGCAGGGCGAUGGACAGCCUGCGGUUCACUUUGGCCUGAUUGCGUCGGGCGAUACGGUCAUGAAGUCGGGCAAGGACCGUGACGACAUCGCACGGGAGGCGGGUGUUAUAGGCUUUGAAAUGGAGGGCGCCGGUGUCUGGGACAACUUCCCUUGCGUGGUCAUUAAGGGUGCCUGCGACUACGCGGAUAGCCACAAGAACAAUGUGUGGCAGCGAAAAACGCAAAUCGCUCUAGCAUACACAUACUGGCUCCAACGGACGAGCCCAGAGGUUUCAGUCUUCUGGGUCCAUGCGAGCAAUGCUGAACGAUUCCGGCAAGCAUAUGCAUCUAUCGCACAGGAAUGCCAGGUGCCGGGCUACGACAACCCAAAGGAAGACGUGUUGUUGCUGGUGAAGGCCUGGCUGGAGAGGAAGGAACGCAGUCGAUGGCUGAUGGUUCUUGACAAUGCCGAUGAUAUGCAGCUCUUCUUCGGCCAGCAGGGGGGAUCUGAGCCCGACAAUCUAUCUAACCACGAGGGAAACCUUGGACGAUACCUCCCCGAGUGCCCCCACGGCGCUAUUCUUGUCACAACCAGGAACAAGCAGGCUGGCUCGAGGCUGACCAAGGGAAAACGCCCCAUCGAGGUCGGGAAGAUGGACGAAGGCGAGACAGACCAGCUGCUCCGCGCACGCCUUGACGGAAUCAGCGUUGCUUCCAAUGAAUCCUCUGCGCUUUCUUCCCGCCUGGAACACCUUCCGCUCGCGCUCGUCCAAGCAGCCGCGUUUAUCCAAGAAAACACUAUAGCUGUCGGCAAGUACCUUGAGCUCUUGCACAGCAGCGAUCAGGUCCUCGUCGAUCUGCUCAGCGAGGAAUUCGAGAUAGACGCGAGAGCCUCGGAGACUCCUCGUGCGGUAGCUGAGACGUGGAUUCUCUCGUUCGAGCAGAUUCAGCGGCAGAAUGGCUUUGCGGGCGAGCUUCUCUCGCUCAUGAGCCUCUUCGACCGGCAGGCCAUCCCGUUGGAAUUCCUGUCCCACUACAGCAAGGAGCAGGGCCGAGAGCAAAGGGGGGAAAUACAGCUCACGAAGGCGCUAGGCGUCCUAAAGGCAUUUUGUUUUGUUGUGGAGGACAAGGACCGUGGGUUCGAUAUACACCGCCUUGUACAGUUGGUCACGCAAAGGUGGCUCGGCAGGCAGGGGACGAUGGGGCGAUUCGCGGAACAGGCGCUCUCGGUGGUGUCGCAGGCCUACCCAUACGGCGGUUAUGAAAACCGGGCGAUAUGUAGCGCAUUGCUUCCGCAUGCGUAUGCGGUGCUGAGACUUGUAAGUACUGGGUCGAAGGAUGAGAGGGUGGCAAGGGCGUCCCUUCUCCACUGUACAGCCGGAUUCUUCUCUUAUCAAGGUCAAUGGAAUGAGGCGGAGGAGUUCCAGUUACAGGCGAGAAGGUUGAGAAGGGAAGUGCUGGGCGAGGAGCAUCCCUCCACGCUGACCAGCAUGGCCAACCUGGCGUCGACAUACAGGAACCAAGGCCGAUGGAAGGAGGCCGAGUCGCUGGAGGUACAAGUGAUGGAGACGAGAAAGAGGGUACUGGGCGAGGAGCAUCCCGCCACGCUGACCACCAUGGCCAACCUGGCGUCGACGUACAGGAACCAAGGCCGAUGGAAGGAGGCCGAGUCGCUGGAGGUACAAGUGAUGGAGACGAGAAAGAGGGUACUGGGCGAGGAGCAUCCCGACACGCUGACCAGCAUGGGCAACCUGGCGUCGACGUACAGGAACCAAGGCCGAUGGAAGGAGGCCGAGUCGCUGUUGGUACAAGUGAUGGAGACGUUCAAGAGGGUACUGGGCGAGGAGCAUCCCUCGACGCUGACCAGCAUGGGCAACCUGGCGUCGACGUACAGCAACCAAGGCCGAUGGAAGGAGGCCGAGUCGCUAGAGGUACAAGUGAUGGAGACGAGAAAGAGGGUACUGGGCGAGGAGCAUCCCUCGACGCUGACCAGCAUGGCCAACCUGGCGUCGACGUACAGGAACCAAGGCCGAUGGAAGGAGGCCGAGUCGCUGUUGGUACAAGUGAUGGAGACGAGAAAGAGGGUACUGGGCGAGGAGCAUCCCGACACGCUGACCAGCAUGGCCAACCUGGCGUCGACGUAUAGCAACCAAGGCCGAUGGAAGGAGGCCGAGUCGCUGGAGGUACAAGUGAUGGAGACGAGAAAGAGGCUGCUGGGCGAGGAGCAUCCCUCCACGCUGACCAGCAUGGGCAACCUGGCGUCGACGUUUUGGAACCAAGGCCGAUGGAAGGAGGCCGAGUCGCUGGAGGUACAAGUGAUGGAGACGAGAAAGAAGGUGCUGGGCGAGGAGCAUCCCUCGACGCUGACCAGCAUGAGCAACCUGGCGUCGACGUACAGCAACCAAGGCCGAUGGAAGGAGGCCGAGUCGCUGGAGGUACAAGUGAUAGAGACGAGAAAGAGGGUACUGGGCGAGGAGCAUCCCGACACGCUGACCAGCAUGGGCAACCUGGCGUCGACGUACAGCAACCAAGGCCGAUGGAAGGAGGCCGAGUCGCUGGAGGUACAAGUGAUGGAGACGAGAAAGAGGGUACUGGGCGAGGAGCAUCCCGACACGCUGACCAGCAUGGGCAACCUGGCGUCGACGUACAGCAACCAAGGCCGAUGGAAGGAGGCCGAGUCGCUGGAGGUACAAGUGAUGGAGACGAGAAAGAGGGUACUGGGCGAGGAGCAUCCCGACACGCUGACCAGCAUGGCCAACCUGGCGUCGACGUACAGCAACCAAGGCCGAUGGAAGGAGGCCGAGUCGCUAGAGGUACAAGUGAUGGAGACGAGAAAGAGGGUACUGGGCGAGGAGCAUCCCGACACGCUGACCAGCAUGACCAACCUGGCGUCGACGUUUUGGAACCAAGGCCGAUGGAAGCAGGCCGAGUCGCUGGAGAGAAAGAUCGAUAGCAACGGUGGUGCGAUAGCCUUUGUCGAUGACUUUACCACCUGGGUCACAGGACCGACGGCACAGAGCACACGCAAGGGCAUUGAAGCAAUCAUCGACCAAGCACUAGACUGGGAAAAGAGAAGCGGGGCGACAUUUGAAGCAGACAAGACGGCCGUCAUCCACUUUACCCGCAAGGCCUACAAAGCCAACUCCGAGACCUUUACCAUUAAGGGUCAAGAUGUUCAGCCGAAAAACCACGUCAAAAUUCUUAGAGUAGUCAUAGAUGCCAAGCUCAGGUAUAAGGAGCAUAUCGCAAGAGCGGCCUCCAAAGGGCUCAGCGCGGCGAUGGAGCUGAAACGGCUCAGUGGUCUGUCUCCGGCUACGGCGCGGCAGCUGUUCACUACCAUGGUCGCGCCAGUGGUGGACUACGCCUCCAGCGUCUGGAUGCACCAAUGCAAUUGGAAGACCACGCCAGCCAUACACAGGGUGCAGAGGGUCGCGGCGCAAGGGAUCAUAGGAACGUUCAGCACGGUAGCAACACGCGUAGCAGAAGCAGAAGCUCACAUCCCCACGGCUCAAGAUCGAUUCUGGAAGAUGGCGAUCAAGAUGUGGACGGACAUUCACACCCUACCAGAGACGAAUCCACUCCGCAACACCACUUCCCGGAUGCGCAAGUUCCGGAGAUCCUACCGCUCGCCUUUCUUUCAGGUAGCAGACCUCCUCAAGGACGUCCCAUUGGACAGCCUCGAAACCAUCGCUCCAGUCGUAUUAGCGCCGUGGGAGAGGCGAGUCCGCACUACGGUUGACGGAACAGGCAUCCAGCAAAAAGAGACAGAGUGGGCAGUCGGGAUCGCCGUAAGCAGCUCCGCACGAAACAACAUGGUAGGGAUCGGAGGAGCUGUCCGUCUCCCGCUGUCGGCACGAGAUGGCUCAAGGAACGAAGCCUUCACUAUAGCGCUGGGCUCCAGGUCGGAGCAGAACCCGUUCUCAGGCGAGCUUGCGGCUAUUGGGUACGCGUUGAGGUGGAUUCACAAUAUCAGGUACCGCAAGACCAUCCUUGCCACGAGCAACAAGGCGGCUGUGAUGGCCUUGGAGCAUCCGGCCAACAAUAUAUCUGUCAGGCGUACGAUGCGAUAA